AUGGCUGAUGCAGCAUCAUCAAGAUUCUCACAUCAAAAAGACCAAUGGAUUGGCAGAGCACUUAGAUUGCAUCAGAGUCCCAUCCACCUUCAUUUGCAUGUGAAUCUUGAUGAUGCUACAUCCGCAAACAACGACUGUCAAUCUGUCCAUGCAACUAUAGCUUCUGAAAAAAGAAAGUUUCAAAGGAGAGAGUGA